AUGCCUGCACUUGCUGACUUUAUUGAGAGCCAUUACUUCUUCCAAGGCAUUGCAAUAGCGUUGACACUGAUAUUCGUGUCCAACUUUUACAGAGAACUCGCAGAUGGCUUGCCAUACCGUAAAAUUCCUCUCGUGGGGAGAAGUAGAUGGGAGAUCUCGAACACCAAAGCCAAAAAGCUCUUUGUCACCUCUGCAAAGGAUCUGAUGGUGCAAGGAUUUAGCCAGGGUAGAACCGUCUUUCAGGCCAUGUUUACUUCUGGUCCGACCAUAGUUCUGCACCCUUGUUAUGUGGAUGAGUUGAAAAACCAUCCGCAUUUAAGCUUCAGGGGGGCGGUUAGAAAGGCCUUCUUUGGUGCAACCAUACGGGGGUUUGAGCCCUUUGGCGACCAAACGAAUCCAACAAUUGGCAUAGAAGUGAUCAAUAAGAAACUAACGCAUGUGCUGGGCGAGUUAACUGUUCCCUUGUCAAAGGAAACCGCUGCUGUGUUGACGGACAAACUACCUGGAUCCAAUGAAUGGAAACCCUUCACUUUCGGACAGGAGGUCCCGCAUAUGGUAGCUCGGGUGUCGUCGCUGGUGUUUAUGGGAGAGAAGAUAUGUCGGAAUGAAGCAUGGUUGAAUGUAUCAGUCAACUACACCAUUGAUGCGUUCAACGCGGCUCGUGAACUCAGGGACUGGCCAGCAGUUUCUCGGCCAUUCAUACACUGGUUUAUGCCAUCGAUGCAAAAGCUUCGACACCACAAAAGGGUGGCAGCUGAGAUUGUUCAACAAGAGAUCAUUAGGAGAGACAUGAUCCGAGAAGGUACACUUCCAGAGGAGAAACCCCGUGGAACGCAUGCAGAUGCCCUAGAUUGGUUUCGGGAGGUUGCUGCAGGCCGUCCCUACGACGAAACAGUAACGCAGAUCGCUCUUUCUGUGGCGGCAAUUCACACGACGUCGAAUAUGCUUACGAAUGUGAUGUAUGACUUGACGGCCCAUCCGGAAUAUAUCCAACCAUUGAGAGAUGAGAUCAAGGCCAUCGUGGAACAAGACGGCAUCCUGAAAAAGCCCAGUCUCUCCAAAAUGAAGUUGAUGGACAGUGUCAUGAAAGAGAGUCAACGCAUGAAUCCUGGAUCUAUCGCCUUCUUCAAUCGCGUUUCAACGGAGGCAUUCGUGCUCUCCGACGGAACUUCUAUUCCCAAAGGUGCCAACGUAGUUAUGUCAGCCCACGCUAUGGAAGAUGAGACGAUCUAUCCCAACGCCAAGGUGUACGACGGCUUUCGGUUUUACAACAAACGCCAGGAACCUGACAACGAGCAUCGAUAUCAGUUCGUAACGACCAGUCCAGAACACCUUGGUUUCGGCCACGGCAUGCAUGCUUGCCCUGGCCGCUUCUUCGCCAAUAACGAGAUCAAAAUUCUCCUUGUACACCUGCUGAUGAAAUAUGACUGGAAGUUUGCCGACCACGUUGACCGGCCCAAGUCGAUUCUGCAUGGAACUGAAAUUAUAUGCGACCCCACGGUGAAACUACUUUAUAAGUCACGACAGCCAGAAAUUGACUUGUCAGCGUUGGGAGAGGGAGCUGCUGACUAG